UGAGAUGCAAAACGACAACUGUCAAAAAAUACGGUACAAACCAAACAAGCAAAGUUGAGGACGUUUGUCUUUCUAGACGAAAAAUACUAGGAAAAACGGACUAAAGUUGUGCAAAACUCGAAUUGUACAUACUGCUAACAACCUUGUUAGUCAUUUUGGUGAAUUGAAUUAAAACAAACUAGCAAACAGAUGGAAUUCGACUGGGACAACAUUAGCAUCGGCGAUCCCGGAUUGAACAACUCCGGGAGCUUUUUCUUCCGAGCGAUAAAGAGUGAAAAACAAAUGCUGGACCCAUCAUCGAUAAAAAUGGAACAGAUUGACAUCAAACGCGAGCAGUCCCCGGAACCAUGUUCAAGUUUAGACCUGGCUGAAUCCGGCCGCACCGAAACUAUAAGAGCACAGAUGAAAAAGGCCGCCCAGCCAAAAGUCCGCUCGGAGGAAACGUACGAUCGAGCGUACCGUUAUGCUCAGGCCUACGAACAAAAGCGCCAAGCGCUGCGUGAAAAGGAAAACAAACAACUGCAGGAAAUGAAGAAAUUCCACGCCCGCCCUGCGCCGAAUUUUCGCCAAACGGCGCUGAAAAAGGAGAACAGUGAACCGAAAUUCACCAUCCCAACCACACCGAAACAGAUGAAACCGGAGCGGUUGAAAAAAGCGGCCGAACUGGCUAAGAAACAGCAAGAGCGAACGAAAGAUCCCGAACCGGCCAAAUUUCGAGCACAUGAUGCCAAGGUCCUAAAGGAGCAACCAUUCAGGCCAGAACUGCCUAAAACUGUGCUCCCGCAGGCACCAUUCAACCUUCGUAUGUCGGCUCGGCUGCAGGAACGCAAACAAUUCGAUGCCGAACUGCAAAAGGCCAAAGAGGAGAAAGCGCGCCGCGAAGCGGAAGAACGCCGGGUAGCAGAGGAACGAGAGCUGAAGCUGCUGCGCAAGCAGAAAGAAUUCAAGGCCAACCCGAAUCCGUUCAAAUGAAUUUUUGCUAGAGAUUUGAUAUACAUUUCUGUCUUUAGUUUUUUUUUUAUAUAUAAGUUGCUCUGUGAGAUUUUAUGUUCUUGUGUAUUUUACAUAAAAAUAGUCAAUAUUCAAUCAUAAAUUGCUGUGCGCCAUUUACUUCAAUAUGAA